AUGACCCAACCAGAUGCGGCGGCUACCAGUACUCUUUGUCAGGAACGACGCAUGAGUGCUCUCAAGGCUCAAAAGCGCCGUUUUUCCAAGAACAUGAUGAUGGAUGGUACUAGUGCUAACAAUAGCAAUAGCAAUAGCAAUUUGGAUUUGGAUUUGGAUUUGAGCACACGGGGUGUCUUGUCCUUGUCCUUGUCCUUCUUGUCCUUGUCGUCCCACGGUCAUGUUGCUGAUACUGGUACUGGUAGUGCUGGUACUGCUGGUACUGCUGGUACUGCUGCUGAGACUUCAGAUGCUGCCGACAAUCACUCGAAUAAUGACGAGUUGCUUCAGUUUGCUCUCAAGAAAAAGGUCCGAUCUACGAGCUCCCACUCCUUGUCUCCUGCGCCUCGAAGACAGCAGCGUACUGGUACUGGUACUGGUAGUGCCAGUGGCAGUCGUCUUCCUCGAAAGUGCAAGUCAACCAGCGACACAAUGCCUCGGAUUUACACCCGCCCCCCCUGCGGUGGCCGGCUUCUGGGGUCUAGUGCUUCAUCAUUGGCUUUUCCAGAGAACAAGAAGGAAAGAGCCGAGAGUCGUCAACAUCAAGAUCGAUUGGCGGAAAGUCACCAUCCCGCAUCUUCCCCGCGCCAGAGCCCUUUCAGAGUUCCCAAAAGUCCAGGUGCACGUACAUGUACCGGUAUCGGUACUCCGAGUUCUUCAUGUACCAAUACAAUGUCAUCCUCGGCAAAGUCAAGCAGGUCGUUGGGGGGUGUCUUCAAGAGCAUGGCCCUUCCCAAAUUGAAAAAGUACGAGAAUUUGGACGACGACGACGACAACGACCAAGACAAAGAACGAAAGUGCCUGAUUCAGAACUUGCCUGAGUCUCUUCGUUUUCCCUUUGAGUUGCGUGUGUCUCCGGAUGAUGCAUCGUCCGUUUCUUCAGUGUCCAUGAAUGCUGAUGACGACGAAGUUGAAGACGAGGAUGGCGAUGAUGAAAGCUGUGCAUGGGAAUGCGAACGAAGCGUGUUCAACAACUUGGGGAGCAGCAGUCAUUCCCGCAGAAGCAGCCGCGGUCAUUCCCGGAGCCGUCGAGGUCUGCCAGGACGCCAUCGAAGCAUGGGCAGCAGUAGUAACCACAAUGUCGCGAAGAGGAACGGCGGCGGCAGCAGUAACCAAGCGAGCCAACGGAGACGUUCGUCUGCGAUACCGACAUCUCAUUGGGCGUCUACGAGUCUGUUGGACGCAAGUCGAACCAGCCUUGGAGGUUCCGUUCGACGAUCGUCCUUGGCUGUUUCGUCUUCUCGUGUUGUGUCUCGAGACCAGGGGUCCUUUUCUGGUUCGAAUAAUAAUUCAGGUUGUGGUGCUGCAGGGUUGCACUCGAGUGCCAUGUUUCCCACCAAGAUUCGUAGAUUUGCUCCUUCCCAAGCUUGA